GAGGAGGAGGCAAGGACGAGAGAAAGAGCAGGAAGGGCACAGCCUUGUUGUGUAUCCUUUGAAUGUUGAGCUCAUGGCAAUGAUCACCUAGCUCCGGAGUCUGGGCCGUUGCCCCCACCCCCCCGCAAGCCACGACCUCCCUUUUGCCAAUUGAAGGGCCCUCGGACGAGCCCCCUGCCCUCGUCUCUUCAACCCCACCUCCUCGAUGGAAGGGGAGCUUGGGGGCGCCAAUGCUAGCACGGCUGGAGGAGAGAGGUCUCCGCUGAGCGGCAGCACUUGGACAGCUGCCUUCCUAGGCUUCAUCGUCCUCUUGACCAUGCUGGGCAACUUCUCCCUCAUCCUCUUGAUCUUCACCCAGCGGGCGCUGCGCAACACCUCCAACUACUUCCUGGUGUCGCUCUUCAUGUCCGACCUGAUGGUGGGCUCGGUGGUGAUGCCACCGGCGCUGCUGAACCAGCUCUAUGGCCGCUGGGUGCUGGACAGCGCCUUCUGCUCGGUCUGGUUCUCCUUCGACGUGAUGUGCACCAGCGCCUCCAUCCUCAACCUGUGCGUCAUCAGCCUGGACCGCUACUUGCUCAUCAUCUCGCCCCUCAAAUACAAGUUAAGGAUGACCUCCUGCAGGGCCGUCCUGCUGAUCUUGGCCACCUGGACCUUAGCCGCUUUGAUCUCCUUCUUGCCCAUCAAGAUGGGCUGGCACAAGGUGGAGUUUGGCCUCCAGCCCUUCAAUGCCACCCUUCAGCCCGAAGAGGAGCAGUGCCGCGUCUCGGUCAGCCUGCCAUACGCCCUCAUCGCCUCCGGCCUGACCUUCUUCCUCCCAUCUGUCGCCAUCCUCUUCACCUACUGCCGUAUCCUCCUGGCUGCCCGGAAGCAAGCGGUGCAGGUGGCCUCCCUCACCAACAAUGUGGCCAUCGCAGCCGACGAACCAACACAACAGGUCCACAGAGCUCACAGCCAAUCGACGGCCACAAGUGACACCCGGAAAUUUGCCAACAAGCACAGUAAAAGAGCCUUGAAAGCCAGCCUGACUUUGGGGGUCCUUUUGGGAAUGUUUUUCGUGGCUUGGCUUCCUUUUUUCGUGUGUAAUGUCGCACAGGCAGUAUGCAACUGCAUCUCUGCAGACUUUUUUGACAUCCUGACGUGGCUGGGCUAUUGCAACAGCACCAUGAACCCCAUCAUUUAUCCUCUCUUCAUGCGGGACUUCAAGAGAGCCAUGGCAAAGUACCUGCCCUGCUGCCGGCGCGCCUGGGACCGCCCGCCCAGCCCCAUCUCUCUCUCCAUGAGGAACUCCAACAGCGGCCCUCGGCCGGGCGUGUCCCUUAAGAACAUCCUGACCUUGCAGGGAGAGACUGAUUCAGCUGAUUCCAUCAUCCAAGUCAACGAAGGCAGCGGCCAGCGCUUGGGUUCCCUCCCAGCCACAGGGGCGGAAUCUGUGAACCUUUUCGACAUGGAGCAGCACACGGACCAGGAGCUCCGCAUCAACCAGUUAAACACUCCCAUGGACUGA